GCUCGUAAGAAAAGUCACGAUGAAGUUUUAUUCUGUGGGCAAGCUGGCCAAGGUACUGCUGGUAGUGGCCGUGUGCUGCCUGCUGCUCUGCACCGCCCCGACAGGAGCUGAUCCACUCCCGGGCAAAGACCGACAUACCAUCGCAAACAAAUCAAAAGAUAAAAAAGCGAGCGCACCGAGACACUCGCUUGGAACGGGUGCCAGGGUGGCAUUGACUGGUGGCGGUAUUCUUGGCGGUGUAUUAACUAACAUGUAAAAAUUUUACAGCUGUGAAAGCACACGAAUUGGUUUGGCAUAUGAAGUAUGCUAAAAAAUCUGCGAUUUCAAUUUUAAACUUCAUCGGCGAUUUGCACUUUUCGGCGAAAGUAUUACUUUUUAUUACUUGGGAAGAAAAAUAUCCAAAAAUA